AACCUCUCUCUCUCUCAGUUGCAGAGAAAAAGCGAAAAAGGAAAACCCUAACGACGACACAUCCUCUGGUUCCUCUACACAUGGCGUCCUCACUCUUUCAACCUUCGUCGUCUUCGACGAUGGCUUUUGCUUCUUCUUCUCUCUUCGAUGGCACUUCUCAUGCCCCUACUCUUCGAACUCUGGGUUUUGUUGAUUAUUCUCGCACUCGAAUUUUCACACCUAAUAGCGUGAAAUGUGAUAUGGCUGAAUCAUCAAAUCUUCUAAAUGGGAAACCGAUCAUUCCCGUCCUUAACGAACCGACGCUGCCCAAGUUCAUGGAAUCGGCAAGGAUUGAGAAAACCAUCAACAGAAACAGCAACAGGUUGAAAUUGUUUUCUGGCACUGCCAACCCUACACUUUCCCAGGAAAUUGCCGGGUACAUGGGCCUGGAACUUGGAAAGGUUUCCAUAAAGCGAUUUGCUGAUGGGGAAAUCUAUAUCCAGUUGCAAGAGAGUGUUAGAGGUUGCAAUGUGUACCUUAUACAGCCAACCUGCCCUCCUGCAAACGAGAAUCUCAUGGAACUUAAAAUAAUGAUUGAUGCUUGUCGGCGAGCUUCUGCCAAAAAUAUCACUGCCGUGAUUCCAUACUUUGGAUAUGCCAGAGCUGAUAGAAAGACUCAAGGGCGUGAAUCAAUUGCAGCUAAACUUGUUGCAAACCUUAUUACAAAAGCUGGGGCAGACCGCGUUCUUGCUUGUGACCUUCAUUCAGGGCAGUCCAUGGGUUACUUUGAUAUUCCUGUGGAUCAUGUACAUUGUCAACCUGUGAUCCUUGAUUAUCUUGCCAGCAAGACAAUAAGUUCAAAUGACUUGGUUGUUGUUUCCCCUGAUGUUGGUGGUGUUGCAAGAGCACGUGCUUUUGCAAAGAAAUUAUCUGAUGCACCUUUAGCUAUUGUAGACAAAAGGCGUCACGGACAUAAUGUAGCUGAGGUGAUGAACCUGAUUGGUGAUGUAAAAGGAAAAGUUGCAGUAAUGGUGGAUGAUAUGAUUGACACUGCUGGGACCAUCUCUAAGGGUGCGGCACUAUUACAUGAAGAGGGGGCCAGGGAAGUUUAUGCAUGCUGCACUCAUGCUGUUUUCAGCCCUCCUGCAAUCGAGAGGUUGUCCGGUGGCUUAUUUCAAGAGGUGAUUAUUACAAAUACCAUUCCAGUUGCGGAGAAGAACUAUUUCCCCCAGUUAACUAUUCUUACAGUAGCAAACAUGUUGGGGGAAACUAUUUGGCGUAUUCACGAUGAUAGCUCAGUCAGCAGUAUUUUUCAGUGAACAAUCAAUAUUAGGGUUUUAUUUCUCUUCUUUUACAGCAGAGAAAUUUGUUUUUGCAGCUGAGAUAAUAAAUAGUGGGGCCCACUAUUUGAAAAAAAAAAUAAGAAGCAAUUCGCGGAAAUCAAAGUGUCAGCGGGAGAAAAAAUUUCUCUGGAGUGAAACGAGAGUAAUAAAGCCCUCAAUAUUACUCUCUUAACAGUUAAUUUAAUCAAUACAUAUUUUGUUUAUUUUGUACUCAAGUCUUUUUUUUCAUUUCUCGCCCAUUAUUUUGGGCUGUUCAAUUUCAGAUGUUAUGGUUGUAGAUGACAAUCUUAUAUUAUACAAAUAUAUAAA